AUGGAAGGAACCCUUUUUCCAAACAGACCAGCAUUUCCAAUCCAAUCAACAAAACCAACAUCACAAUCACCGAACCAUCAGCGCUUGAAAUUCAACACUUGUACUCUCCCUCUUCCUCCUUUACUACAGCAACAAACCCCUUCUUUCCCUCUUGAUUCCCUUCUCCAACACCUUCUUCACAUCUCCUCUCCCAUUAAAUCAUCCUUGAAUUCCUCUGCUGUUAUUUCUCCACACAAUCAAGAUUUGCUGAAAACCAAUUCAAUUGCAAUCCCAAGACUUGGUGAAAACUGCGUGCAAGAUGAUGGUUCGCUUGAUUUUUUGCCAUUGAAGUGUAAGUUCAUGCUCAAAUCGAUUUUAGAGCAGCCCAAUUCUAGUUUGCCUGCGUUCUUUGAUUCUGUCAAGUUUGAUUUGCUUCAAGAGGUUGAUUUGAUUAGUCUCUUGAAAGGUCUAGACCUUUCGGGGAACUGGGAAAAGGCUAUUUUGCUAUGUGAAUGGGUUGUUUUAAAUUUGGAUAUAUCGGGUAAUGAUAAAUUAGAUAAUCAGGUUAUUGAAUUGAUAGUCAAGAUUCUUGGUAGGAAGGCUCAGUAUCUGACUACUUCAAAACUGUUUGAUGUAAUUCACUUUGAGGAUUACAAUCUUGAUGUUCGAGCUUGGACUACUAUUUUACACUCGUAUUCACGUACUGCAAAGUUCGACAAGGCCAUAAAAUUGUUUAAUUUUAUAAAGGAAAAGGGAUUGUCUCCAACUUUGGUUACUUACAAUGUGAUGUUGGACGUUUAUGGGAAAAUGGGGCGGUCUUGGGACAAGAUUCUAGAGCUUCUGGAUGAGAUGAGGAGUAUGGGGCUAGAAUUUGAUGAGUUCACUUGUAGUACUGUGAUUUCUGCUUGUGGAAGAGAAGGUUUGUUAGAGGAAGCAAAUAACUUUUUUAAUGGGCUGAAGGCUAAGGGGUAUGUCCCUGGAACGGUUACAUACAACUCUUUGCUUCAAGUGUUUGGGAAAGCAGGGAUUUACAAUGAGGCUUUGAGUGUUCUGAAAGAAAUGGAGGAGAUCAAUUGCCCUCCUGACUCAGUAACUUACAAUGAGCUUGUGUCUGCAUAUAUAAGGGCAGGUUUUCUUGAGGAAGGAGCAGCAUUGAUUGGCACAAUGACGCAGAAGGGUAUUAUGCCAAAUGCUGUUACUUAUACCACUCUGAUUGAUGCCUAUGGCAAAGCGGGGAAGGAGAACAAGGCUUUAAGUUUGUUUAAGCUGAUGAAGCAAUCAGGUUGUGUUCCUAACGUGUGUACUUACAAUGCUAUUCUUGGGAUGCUGGGGAAGAAGUCACGCAUUGAAGAUAUGAUGGAAAUUGUUUGCGACAUGAAACUCAAUGGGUGUGUGCCAAAUCGUGUUACUUGGAACACCAUGCUUACUAUGUGUGGCAACAAAGGAAUGCACAAAUAUGUCAAUCGAGUGUUCCAUGAAAUGAAGAAUUGUGGGUUUGAGCCUGAUCGAGACACGUUUAAUACUUUGAUAAGUGCAUAUGGUAGGUGUGGCUCCGAAAUUGAUGCUGCAAAGAUGUAUGAUGAGAUGAUCAAAGCUGGUUAUACUCCAUGCGUUACAACCUACAACGCCCUUCUGAAUGCUCUGGCUCAUAGAGGGGAUUGGAGAGGCACAGAAUCUGUCAUUUUGGACAUGAGAAAUAAGGGUUUCAAGCCAAAUGAGACCUCGUACUCCUUGAUGCUCCAUGGUUACUCAAAGGGUGGAAAUGUAAGAGGCAUUGAAAAGAUUGCACACAAAAUCUAUAAUGGCCAUAUAUAUCCUAGUUGGAUGCUUUUGAGAACUCUUAUUCUUGCAAAUUUCAAGUGUAAAUCACUUGCAGGUAUGGAGAGAGCAUUUCAGGAGUUCCUGAAGCAUGGUUACAGACCGGAUCUUGUGGUGUUCAAUUCCAUGCUUUCCAUUUUUGCAAGAAAUAGAAUGUAUGAACGUGCCCCGGAAAUUCUGCAUUUAAUAAGGGAGAGUGGUUUGCAGCCGGAUCUUGUCACCUAUAACAGCUUGAUGGAUAUGUAUGCCAGAGUCGGUGAAUGUUGGAAAGCUCAAGAAAUCCUCAAUCGGCUGCAAGAAUCUGGUGGAAAGCCAGAUCUCGUGUCUUAUAACACUGUCAUCAAAGGGUUCUGUAGGAAAGGUCUUAUGGAGGAUGCUAUAAAGACUUUCUCAGAAAUGACAAGUAGAGGAAUUCGGCCUUGCAUUGUCACCUACAACACGUUCGUUGCUGGAUUCUCAGCACGUGGAUUGUUUACAGAAGCAAAUGAAGUUAUUAGUUUUAUGAUCCAGCACAACUGUAGACCAAAUGAACUCACCUACAAUACUAUUAUAGAUGGUUAUUGUAAGGCAAGACAGUACAGAGAUGCCAUGGAUUUCUUGUCCAAAAUUAGGGAAAAGGACACUUCCUGCAACGAGCAGUCUUUACAAAGACUUGCAUCUCGAGUUAGAGACAAUAUGGAGUCGUGA